CGAGGCCAUGGCCACGCUGGCCCGUUUGCAGGCGCGGGCCCAGGUGCUGGGCCAGCACUACUACUACAAGAACAGUGUUGUGGAUGGAUUUAGGAAAAAGGAAAAUGAUGCAGCAGUUACAAUUCAGAGUUGGUUCAAAGGAUGUCGAGUUCGUGCAUAUAUCAGAUAUUUACACAAAAUGGUAACAAUUAUUCAGAGAUGGUGGAGAGGUUACUUAAGCAGACAAGUAUAUCAAAUAAAAGUGAAGGAAGCAUGUUAUACUAUGAAGAUGAAUCUCUACAAUGCAAUGGCUGUCAAGAUUCAGAGACAAUGGCGAGGCUAUAAGAUCCGAAAGUACUGUUUUAAUUAUUUUUAUUUGAAGGAGUACUUGAGAGCUGUUUCAGAGACCAAUGAAGCAAUAAGGGAGGCCCUGGAGGAGUUUGCUGAGAUGAAACAAAGAGAGGAGAAGAAGGUUAGACUGGAGCAGGAAGAGAAGAGGCAAGCAUACUUGGCCCGUAAGAUGCAUUACCUGCUCAGCACCAACCAGAUUCCAGGGGUCUAUAAUUCUCCAUUCCGAAGUGAGCCAGACCCCUGGGAGCUGCGCUUACAGAAGGCAAAGCCCCUGUCGCACCCCAAGAGUCAAGAGGUGCCCAAGCUGGGCCUGAAUGACUGGCUGGCAUGCACGAGCACCCGCUCCUUCCCACGCUCCCAAGUCCUGCCACCCAUCAACAGAAAGAAGUGCCAGGGACCCUUCCGCAACAUCACUGAGGUGUUGCAGCAGCGGUACAAGCCUUUGCAGCCCACGCUGCUGGAGGCAGAGCCCCUCAAUGACUUAAAGGAGGCCAGAGCGAAGCUCAGGAAACUGGAGAACAGCCGCAACGUCCAAGCCCAAGCGUUUUUGCCAUUUUCUAACUACCAUAAAAAUGAGAAGUAUCUCCCAAUGAUUCACACAUCCAGCAAGUAUAGUCCUGAUUCAUAUGGGUGUAAGAAAUUCAGAGAUGAAAAUCCUGAGAAGUGGAUCUGUAGCAAGGAUUUCCAAACUGUGCUACAAUCUUUUGAGCUCUUCUCCAACUUUGGAAAAUUGUAUUCAAGAGCUGGAUCAAUUAUAUAAAGAUAUUUUCUACAAAACAUACAUAGUGGUAAUAGAACUGGCAAAAGCCUAACAUACCUCGUCUCUCUAAUUAAUACAACAGAGUUCUACACAAUACAAUAAAAAUAUUGAUGAUGCCCUGAAGCGAAGCUAUUUCUCAAUACUGUUUUAUGUAUUAAAGCUUAGAAUACUACA